GAGAAAUCCUCUUUCUCCCCAACCCAAACACCCUGGAUCCCAAAAUGACCACCCACCACUUAGCCGCCAUCUCCCCGGGCCCAGGCCAACCGCUGGAGCUUCGCACCCGGCCCACCCCCAAACCAGGCCCGAACGAUCUCCUCAUUGCCGUCAAAUCCAUCGCCCUCAACCCGGCCGACCACAUCAUGCAAGACACAGGCCUCUUCAUCCCGGACACCAGCUACCCGACGGUCCAGGGCUUCGACCUAGCCGGCCUAGUCCUCGAAGUCGGCGACGCGGUCCCCCAGAAUGCUCCCUUCCACCCAGGGACCCGCAUCGCCGCCUACAGCGCCCUAGUCUGGAAAGCCUGCAGCCCAGACUACGGCGCGUUCCAAGAACGAUGCCUCGUGCCCUGGCAGCACGCGGUGAUCCUCCCCAACGAAGACGGGCACGAGUUGACCUGGAACGAAGCAGCCACCCUCCCCGUCUCCGUCCAAGUUGCGCUAAGCGCAUGGGAUGCGAUGGGGAUUCCCCGCCCUCCAGCAGCAGCAGCAGCCGCCGCCGCCGCUCUGCCCUCCAACCCCGACCAGAUAGGCAAAAGUCAAGCCCUCCUCGUCUGGGGCGCCUCCUCCAGCGUCGGCAGCAUGGGCGUGCAGACCGCGCGCCUCCUCUGCGACUCCCCAACCACCCCCUUCGCCGCCGUCUACGCCACCGCCGGCACACCGCGCAGCCGAGCGUACGUCGCAUCGUUGGGUGCGGACCGCGUCUUUGAUUAUUAUGACCCCCUCACACCCCGGGAGAUCGUCGAUACCGCUCGGAGGGACGGUCUGACAAUCCGGCAUUGCUUUCUGGCCAUGGGGCAGUUGGCGGCUUGUCGGGCGGUGGUGGGGGCGUUUCGCGGGGAGGACCAGGUCACAGGAAAGAUCGCGUCGGCGCCGCCGGUGCCGCCGGAUGCCGGGGUCGUGGACGACGGCCCCGGGGUGGAGACGGUCUUUGUGAUGCCUGCGGCGGGGGAGAAGCAGCGGCUGGCGCAGUUUCGGGAGUGGUUGGGGUCGUGGUUGAAAGAGAGUUUGGAGGGAGGGAGGAUUCGGCCGAGUCCGGAGGGGAGGGUUGUCGGGAAGGGGUUGGGCGCUGUGAAUGCUGGGUUGGAUGAGUUGCGGCGCGGGGUGAGUUGUGUUAAGUUGGUGAUCGAGGUUUCGGAGUGA